AUGGAGAAUCAAGUGCCUGAAGCACAAAUAAUAGUUGAAACCCCAGUAGUAUCGGAAGAAAAAAUAAUCGAAAAUUCUUCGGAAGAUAAAAGUGGUGAUAGUGAAUAUUAUUCGGUUAAUUCAGAGUAUUAUUCGGCAAAUUCAGAAAGUGGGGAAGAAAGUGAUCAAGAAUUUGAACGCAGUUUGACUGCUGAUCAAGUAAAAAAUGAAAAUAAAGGGAAAUUGAAGAGAUUUUAUAGUGAGCAAAGCCCGCCGAGGAAAAAGAUGAUUGAAGAAAGAUUUGAAUUUACUCCAAAACAAGAUGGUUUUGGAACGAGUGGUGAUAAUAAAAUUGAGAAAGGUAUCCCUAUCGUUAAUAAGGUUAACGUAGGUUAUGUUAUGAUAGUGUGGCUAGUAUUUAAACGUUAUUAUACUAUAAAAGACACACAUAAUUGUCAGUCCGUGUCUAUUUUAUCAACAUUAUUAUGUGUAUUUCUAUUAUUUCUAUUGUGUAAUAAACACAUUAUUGUAUUGCUUCUUUAUUGUUGUACAAGGAUACAACAGGUUAUAGAUAAAAAAUUCAACGACGAACAAAGUAAGGGUGAUCAUGAACACAAUACAAUUAAUAAAGAGAAUAUUUCAACAGAAAUGUUAAAUGAAAAUGAAAAAACAGAAGAAAAAAAUGAACAAAAUCAGGAGGAUAAAACAAUAAUGAGUGAAAAUCAAAAGGAGAAUAUCUCGUUAAACAAUGACCAGAUAAAAAAUAAUGAUGAAUUAAAUCAUUCAAAAAUUCAGGAAAAUAAACAAUUAAAUAAAGAUAAGAAGAUAAAACGGACUAAAAGAAAAAAUAAACCGGGCAAAAAUCCUUUAGGAGUGAACAAAGUUAACGGGAUAAAAAGCAAAAGACAGAGUAAAAUAAAAGAUAAAAUUCAUAAUAUUCUGUUUAAAAAUGAGGAUAGAAAUAAAGAUGAAUUGUAUAAAAUGAUAAAGGAAAAUGGCAAAAAAGGUAAUCGAAAGGUGGAUGGUGCUAAAGCAAGUGACUUGAUAAAAAAUCAAAGAAAAGGUCAUUUGCCUUCAGAUAAGAAACAUGAAGGAAAAAGGAAAGGAACUACUAAAUCAAAAAAUAAAUCAAGAAGUAAAAGAAUACUUAAAGGAUUUAAGGUUAAAACUAAGGGAUUACUUGGAGGAUUAAGAUUUGGAAAGAGUAAAAGAGGAAAAAUUAUUAACGUAAAGGACUUAAAGAAAGAUGGGACUGUUAAUAAGCAUGAUCAAGUAAAAGAAAAUGAGAAAGUUGAUUUUGAGAAUAAGUUAGAAGAAUGUUCUUCGAAAAAAGAUGAAUGUUCUUCUAAGAAAGAAGAAAGUUUUUCCAAGAAAGAAGAAAGCUCUUCUACGAAAGCUGAAAGUGUUAUCAAGAAAGAAGAAAGUUCUUCUAAGAUAGAUGAGAUAAACAAAGUGAUUGAAGAAGUUAAAAUCUUAACACAAAAUAAUAAUGUUGAUACAAUACAAGAAGAAGAGGAAAGUGAGUCUGUUGAAGAAUUAGUUCUGAAACCGAGUGAUGAAAAAAUAGCCAAAAGUGAGCAGUUUAAUAAAUUAUUAGAAGAUUCUUCUCCUAAAACAAUUCCAUUCUCAGCAUCUCCAUUUAGACAUAUCAAAUCAGCUUCAAACACCAUUUGGGCUGAAUAUGAAUUCUCACCCUCACUGGCCAUUAAGGAGGCAGACAUGCUUCCGAUUGUGCCUCUUCUCUUCAAGACAUUCGAAGCCAAAAAGCAUAAUAAAAAGCAUACAUCUUCAAUAUCAGAAAAUGUGAAAAACGAUAAAAAAAUACUUCAUUUUCACCCUCAAAAAUUUUUCUUGGGUACAGUACUGAAGCAAGCUUUUAGAAAAGGUCACAAAGACAAAAUAUCAUUUGAACAACUCGAAGAAUUUUUCAAAAAAGUCGAAACGGAAAAUUGGCAUGAAAUUGAAAAUGAAAAAAAUAUGGAAAUGGACAAAAUAGAAAUGUUAUUUGAUAAUUAUACAGACUUUGAAAAAUUAAAAGAAAGAGAUAUUGAAAUACAUGUAGAAAAAUAUAAAGAACUAAAUAAAGAGCAAAUAAAAGAAUAUCCUUUAGAAGACCAAUAUUUUUGGUUAAUUAUUAAGUCGAUGGACAAUGAAAAGAGUUUUAGAAAAAUUUUGGAAAAAAAAUUUGUUUAUGAGAAAAAGUUGGAAGACGCUAAAGAGGAUAUAAAAAAAUUAAUGUCAGAAUUAAAAAUGCCUAUAUUUGAGGAGAAUGAAAAAGAAUUUGUUGAGAAAUUUAUUAAGACUGUUUUGCAUAUUAUUAAUCUUUUAAAUUGGGUUAGUCAAGAGUAA